GUUGUUGGCUCAAUUAUCUUCUGAUUUUUUUUACAGAAUCGUCAAUCCGUCGCUUUUUUGGAUUGGUGCCGCAACUCAUGGAAAGUGUAUUCUCAUCUGUUAUCAAUGAAUUACUAAGAAAUCUUUAAUGAAAUAGACUGCCGAAAGGCUUUGCAACUAAGGGCUACCACAACUGAAGAUGAACGCUCUGCUAACGUCGAUGGUUCCACUAGCUACUAAUAUCUUCAUAGAUACUUCUGAAUAACAUCGAACAAUGGCGAGGUUUAUCAGAACGAGCACGUAAAUCACCGGAAGAACACGAACAAACGAUACACUCGUCGACCAUCAACGGCAAACAUCGGUCGUCAAACAUCAACAACGGGAAUAUCUUCAGCUCUUCCUACGCGCAGAAGCUAGGCCUAUCCGGAGCUCCAACAUCGAUACCCGAGGAGUAACACUGACGACUGACAGACUCGAACAAGAUGUUGAACCAACUACGAGAAGGACAGCCUAAGGGCCCUACGGUCCGCGUGCGACAGUUGCACGAAAACCAAGAGGUCCACUGCUUUCAUCGAUACUGCCAAGACCCCAAUGGCAACUACUUUAUGGUCGAUCACAAAACAAUGGGCUCCUUGCAUCCUAGUAUGGGCCGAACGGACGGUUGGACAAGAGGGGUCGUGGUACAAGCAUGGGCUGUACAGAACUAUGACCCAGCCGUGCAGGAAAGCUGGCCACUCAUUCGCUGGACCCACCCACUGUGGUAUGAUCGCAGGGGAAGGAGGUAUUCAACAAGUGAAUUCGUCGUUGCUAUACUGCCCAUCACUAAAUUAUUUUAAUUCAAGAUGAUAAACCCAUCACUGACGUCAAAAUGAAAGUGCGGGGAUCAUGAGAAAAAUGUGUAUUUGUUCACAUUCGAACAAUGAAAUAUUCGAAUGAUUGGAAAAUCACCUAUUUAUCAAUGCAGGUUAGACACGUCACAAGUCGGGCACGUGACUCAGCGGAUUCCAGCUGAGCAGAUCCGAACGUUAGAUGAGGCUGAAGAGGCCGUGCAACGGCCCAUUUUGAGUGUGCUUUCUGUCAGGUGGGGUGGAAAUCAGGCUGUAGACCCAGUGACGGAGGGAGUAGGCGGCUGGGGUGCCAUCGGAUCGACGUGCUCCGACAACUACAUCAACUCCUUCGAGAGUCAAAUAUUCAAUACAGUUGGACCUCAGUACGAGAUCUUCUCCUGUUUCAUCCAAAAUAGCAGCGAGUUGCAAAAGCUCAAAUCCCCACUCAUCAGACACCAGCUCAGAGGAAAAUACGUCGGCGCACAGUAAUACACAUCAUAUUACCUGUCCUGUUAUAAAUCUAUUUGCUACUUGUACUUCGGGACCGGGAGCCACAGAUACCGAUCAAGUUUUUACAUUUGUUGGUUUGAUAGAAACAAAUAGGCACUAGUUCUGGGACUUGCGUCCUCACCACUACAUUAACCAAGUUCUUAGCUCCCUACAGCAAAUUGAUUUCUUCGAAACAGCGUUUUUGAGGUGCGAUCUCUACUUUUUUGAAUCCAUAAGGUACUACCUCUGGCCUAUUGGCUUCGAUGAUGGUCACGACUAUCCGGGAUACGUUGAGCGAGAAGAGCUUUUCAACCUAAUUAUGUACCAAGAGUGUGCCGGAAUUCCAACACGCUUUCCGCAUAAUAGCCAUCUCUACCGUUUCUUCGCUAGCAAAGAGUGGACAGCAGCACAAUGUACUACUGAGAACAAUUUCUUUUUAUAAAAGCGUGCUAUCUGGGGCUGGGCGAGUAGUAGAUAUUAAUUUAAUUUUUUUUCCUCUUUCUUUCUCUCACCAAAAAUUUUUACGUGUGUGCCCUGGUGCUUGUUCCAAGUUGAAUUUAAACUUUUUUCCACAACAAACAAUCUGAAUUUGAAUUUUCAAACAAAAGGUUUGAAUCCGGCUUUGCGCACUCCGUUGACGACGAAAGUGCCGCGAUCAUUGAUUGCACAGAAUCCAGAGCGGGCUGCAGCACAGGCCAUAGAUGCCCUUAACGCGAUGGCCACAGCAAGAACAAACGUGUUCCAAUUCCCAGACUAUCCCAGAGUGAAGCCCGUAACACAAGGCGUGGCAAAGCUCGGCUGGUCAUGGGAAGCUUUAGACGUGCGAAAGUGGACUGAUUUGCAGACACUUCAAACAGGACUCGUCGAUCUGGGAGAGCAACAAGGCUCACAUAUGGAAUAUGUCUUCGUGCAGGUAAUUACUCUUUGUUACACUUACUACAACUAGAUCUAAUCAUCUAAUUCAUGACGAUAGUUUUUGCUUUUUACCUAAAUGCACUUUGAUUUUGAUGAUGCAUGAGUUUGUUAAUGACACAGGCACACACGAAUGCAGGAUAUGAAUAGGUUGGUGUGGUAGUUAUCACGCUUAGUUACGCUUUUCAUCCCUCUCAAUCAAAACAGGAAUGGGUUGAGUUCGACAUCGAAAUUCGUAACUACGUGGUCAUGCCGGAUUUGAGGGACCCGGGAACUUGCCUGCCUAAGGGCGCAGUGUGCACUAUGUUCUGUGAGGAGACAGCACACGGAGGCUUCACAAAUUUCAACCGAUUCAGUCGAGAAGAGUGCCUCACCCGAAUUUUCAAGGGAGAUCAGCAGGCAUACGACUCCUGCACCACGCAAAUCAACGCGCUCAUCUACAAAUGGCUUUGUAAUACUAGCAAUAUUUUUUCGAUCUACUCCUUCUUCUAAUUCUACAACUAAGUAAGAUUUCUCACUAAUUUCAUAUUCAAUUUGAUCAUCAUGACGUUGUUAAAUAGCAUAGGCAUCGCUGUGCUAGAACACGAAGACAGAUUCAAAAUUAGGAAUAGGAAAAACCUGCUUCAAUAAGUUUCAGAAUGACUUUUAUCGUAUCCUAUUUCGUCUCAUCAUUCAUAAACAGUCGCAAUCCGUGCUGAGUGCGCGGAGCCGCCAGUUUUUGUCCGAUUCGAUAUGUUGUGUAAGUACCGGGGCAAUGGUGUGUGCGAAGUAAGCACAGGCGAAUUGACGGAAUUGGGUGGCUGCUUCCUCGGAUGGAACGACGGACCGCAAACGGUCUUCGCUGCUGUCAUCGAUUCAUAUUUCGGUCGCCUCGCACAGAACUGUGUCACGAACUCAAAUGGCCAACAACUGAAACCAGGCAUUCCAAUGGGCGGUCUCGUUUCGAAUCAUGCACCGAGUAAUCAGGUACAACUACAAGGCAGACGCUGAUUUUGAUAUUUUUCUUGUUCAAUCUUCAGAGAAGGAACUUGUUUUACAUUUUGUUCAUCGUUAUAAUAUAGUUGAGGUUGACAUCAUCUUCCUACUAUUCUUAUGCCAAUUACAUCCAUCAUUCAAUUCCCUUUUACUUCCAUCUUUUUGUUCACAGGUUGCUUUACCUCCAGCCGAACAGAGAGCAUUGGAGCAACAGGCAAUGGAGCAGCAGCAAGGGGGAGCCCAACCUAACGCAAACAUGGAGCAACAACAGCCUCCACAGCAGAAUGCUGCUCCACCCCCCGCUAACGGCUUUCAUGCCGCGCCUCCUCCACAACAGCAAUAAAGUGGAUUUGUUGUACGGUCUUCGGUCGCCGUACUCUGUUCUCGGCUUCAAAGCUUAUUACACGGUCGGAGUUAGUUGUUCCUGUUCUACUGGUAGAAGUCUAGUAGCAGUAGUAGAAGACGUGAAGGAGAUGGCUACGACUGAUGGUGCUGUAGCUACGAAUUGAAGAAGUUCAACGUCUACUAGUCCGAAGAUUUCCACGAGCUCUUCGUGGUGUACCUGAGGCUUCCAUUGUUCAGGUGGAGAAGUGUUAUAGGAACAUCAAGGAAGUGAAGGUGCGAAUGCUCGUCGGGAGGCGACUAUUACUAUAUUCCGGCAGAAGAUAAAGAAGAUGCGAUGGAGGCUCCAGGAGGAAGAUGCUGUCUGUUGUUUCUACUUAAGCUAUUCUAGAAUAUCAAAUAUCUUGUGUGAGAUUCUGCAAAUAUUUUGGAUCAGUUUUAUAGACUCUGGGUUAUGAGGAUGAAAUGCAAUAAAAAUAUAGGAGGCGAUAGAAGUCAGCUUCGUCGUCUUCUAUUAAGGUGAUGUUGUUGAAUGCAGGAAGUUGGGGUGUCCGUGGCAUUCAUGAUUCUGUCCUCAACAACUAUGAUGUCAGAACUUUUGGUGGUGUUUAGUCGUUGAGAACGAGGAUGAGACGCCAUCAGAGCAGACAGGAGCUGUUGUGAGUUACACGGACGAAACGUACUACAAAUUUUGGUGCCGGUGAUGAGAUGAGCGAUAUAUAUAAGUCCCAUCGCAGCAAUGUUGUCAAAGGAACGAUGUUCCUUCUUGAUGUCAUCGCGGCCAGGGGCGUUCGUCUCAGCAUUGUCAUCGAUUUCAUAUAGUCAUACUCAUAGCAUAGUUAGUUGUGAUGAUGAGCAUGAGCAAUUACAUUCUUGAGAUUAUACAUAUUAGUUCCAAAAUCAAUUUCUAGUUGUUGAGGAGCAUAUUGAUCAUGACUCGUUACGUGCUGCAAUUUUAUGUGUAGUUUGUUAUAAUCGACUUCUUUUUAUUGAUGAAAUAACGUCGCCAACGCUUCCUGCAAGAACCAUAGUACCGUGCCAGGCUGAAGUUAAGCUGCUGGCUCUAAGUCAUUUUGGUUUCUCACAUGCGCAUUUCACAAACAAAACUGAUGAGACAUUCCAUGAAUGCCAAAAGCCAUAUUAGUCAUGUGCCUGGUGUCCCCGCUCAUACCAAAGAUACAAAGAACUCUACCAAGAACAUGAUUGUGAUUUUUCAAAAAAAUUAGAUUAAUUAUGAUCAUAGAUAGAUCCUGAUACGACUGAAG